GAAGUAAGAGCAAAAAAUUAUAUUACUGUACAAUGUUGAAAUCCAAGAAAUUAGUCAGCACCACUAAUGCUAAAUGCAAUGUAGAGCCAAUGUCGAAUAUGAAAGUCAAUGUCGAAUGCGAAAGCCAAUUUCAAAUGCGAAAGCCAAUGUCAAAUGCGAAAGCCAAUGUUGAAUGCAAAAGCCAAUGUCGAAUGCGAAAGCCAAUGUCGAAUGCGAAAGCCAAUGUCGAAUGA